AUGGUGGCCUUUGCCACGGCCACCGUCCUGAACCUGGCCUCCGCCUGCCUGGAGCUGCGCCCCAUCAAGCGCCAGCUCUGCUUCCUGGCUGCCUACAUCACCGCCACGGCCCUCGUCUUUGAGGCGCUGGCCGCCCGGGGCCGGGCGCCCAUCUUCUGGAGCGUGUCGGGGCGCCCUGUCUCCCUCCUGCGCUACGUCAUGUGGGCCCACGCCACCCCCGUCAUCAUCUAUACCCUGUCCAUGAUCUCGGACUUCGAUUCGCUCCGGGUCUGGCGCCUGGUACUGGUGGACCUCGUCAUGAUCGUCACCAUCAUCCCGGGGGAGCUCGUGGACGCCUGGCACCGGUGGAUCUGGAACAUCAUCUCUUUUGCCGUGUUCCCCUACAUUUGCUCCGAGCUGUGGGCCAUGUAUUCCUCCGCCAUCCAUGCCUCCAGAGACCAUGCCACAGUCCGUGCGCUGUCCGCGCUGCGUGCCUCCACUGCCGUCUUCUGGACGCUCUUUCCCUUCGUGUGGACCGUGGCCCAGGCACGCGGCGUGAGCACCGCCUGGGAGGAGCUGCUGUGGACCUGCUGCGAUCUGGGGGGCAAGAUCAUCUUCUCCACCUCCCUCCUGCACUCCAACUUCCUGACCAUCGACGACCGCAAGAUGCGCGCCAUGCGCGAGGUCAUCGAGUCCAACAGGGUGCGCGUCAUCCAGGAGCUGCGCACGCUGCUGGAGCAGCGCGAGCACUUCAUUUCGGUGAUGAGCCACGAGUUGCGCACGCCGCUCAACGGCAUCAUUGGCCUGUCCUCCACACUGCUCCUGGACCUGGCGGGGGAGCCGCUGCGCGGCCGCGGCCCCGCGGUCACCCACGACGUGGCAGCCAUCCGCUCCUCCGGCGUGCGCCUGCUCAACCUGGUGAACGACAUCCUGGAUGCCUCCGCGCUGCGCGAGGGCAAGCUGGCGGUGAAGCUGGAGCGCGUGGAAGUGCGCCGCGUGGCCGAGGACGUGCUGGCGCUGGUGCGGCAGCUGGCGGCGCCGGGGGUGGUCAUCCUGAACGACAUCCCGUCCGACCUCCCCGCCGCCAAGGCCGACACGGGGCGCCUCAUCCAGGUCAUGUAUAACCUCAUCGGCAACGCCUGCAAGUUCACCGACAAGGCGAGCUGGUGGUGGUGGUGGUGGGGUGGGGGGUCCAAGGGGGAUGGGGCGUGGUGCUUGGGCUGCAUCAUGCUCACCGCUGGCCCGGAGAGAGAAAACAUGGUGUCCAUCUCGGUGUCGGACACGGGCAUCGGCAUCCCGCCAAGCAAGCUGGACCUCAUCUUCGGCCCUUUUGCCCAGGCAGGAGGCUUGGCGGACAUGAGCUACACGAGGCGGUACAGCGGUACGGGGCUGGGCCUGCACCUGGCCCGCCAGCUGCUGGCCGCCCAGGGGGGGACCAUCCACGCUACCUCACACCAGAACAAGGGCUCCACCUUCACCUUCACCCUGCCAGUGUACACCGACGCCGACUCCAAGGCCGCCGCCGUGGCGGGCGUGAUCAGCCAGGGGCGCACGCUGCGCAACCCGCCGCGCAUCGACGACAUGCUGGAGGAGGAGGCCGGCGCGCUGGGCCUGGGCGCCCAGCCCGACGGCGGGGCCGCGGGCGAGGACCUGCUCCAGCUGCUGCUGGGGCAGGCGGGCCUGGACCCCGGCGCGCGCGGCCCCGGCUCGGCGCCCCGCGUCGGCCGGUCGGGGCUGGUGGCGGGGACGCCGGUGUGCGUGGACAACUUCGCCUCCGACUUCCAGACCGACAUGCUGGACCGCCUGUCGCUGGAGAGCCGGUCCACCUACUUCCUGGCCACGGAGCGCGAGACACAGCGCAAGGCGCCGCAGCAGCUCAGCCCGGAGGCCGCCGCCAGCGCCUUCACCAGCGCCGCCGGACCGAGCCCCGGCUGGCCGGGGGCGCAGGGCGACUGGGCGGCGGCCGACGCCGGCGCCUGCGGCGCGGGCGGCGCCUCGGGCGACCAGGCCAUGUCGCCCUUCCUCCUGCCCAGCGCCAGCACGGCGGAGUCUGGCGGCCCCCCCAGCGGCUCCGACCGCGGCCCGCUGGUGCUGCCGCCGCGCGGGGGCGGGGGCGCCGAGUCCCGCCCCGACUGGCAGCGCGCGUGGCAGAGCGUGGAGGACAUGCGCCAGCGCGGGGCCAUCCGUGUGCUGUCGGUGGACGACGACCCGCUGACGCAGACGGUGGUGCAGGGCAUGCUGUCGCGCAGCGGGUUCCAGGUCAGCAAGGCCGCCGAUGGCGAGCGCGCAUUGGACGUGCUGGAGGGCGGCAUUCUGGCCGGCCGGCCCCCGCACAUCGUCCUCAUCAACCUCAUGAUGCCCAAGACGAGCGGGUUCGACGUCAUCCGCACCAUCCGAUCCCGCUGGCCAGGCCUCAUGCUCCCCGUCAUCAUCCUGUCGGCCUCCUGCUGGGAGAAGGCCGUGGUCGAGGGUCUCCAGGCGAGUGGUGAAGUACGCUCCAUCAAACUGGCGCCCCUACCCUUCCAGGCCGGCGCCAACGACUACCUGCCCAAGCCGUUUGGCUGCUUCGAGCUCAUGGCCAGGAUCGAGGCCCAGCUGCGCACCCACGAGUUCAUGGCCGAGGCCUGUCGCCAGGCCCGGCCUUCGGAGGCCCGGUCCUCCGAGGGAGGGAGUGGGGGCAGCGGGUCAGCCAGCGCCAACGGCGUCUGCUCCCCCGACUCCUCCAGCGACGCGAGCUACAACUGA